AAAGUACAAAGUUGGAACGUGUCAAAUAAAACUGUAUAUUCAAUGACUGAAUACGUCAGAUAGGUGUUUGCCUGCUCUCUUGACAUUUCUUAGGCAUGAUUUCCGAAUAGCUCUCUUAUUCGCCAAUUUGUCAAAAAAUGUGAAUUUAAGACGGGAGAUUGAUGCAUUUAUAUAUUUUCGGUUAACUGUAAUGGUAUUAGGACCAUAUGUUAGCCGAUUAAAUCAGAACGUCUGGCCGAUGUGCGAGGAAGCCCCUUAAGUGAUUUCGGCGAGAACGGUAUUAAAUUUUUUAAAUGCGAUCAUGGCACUCCGUAAAGUAAAGGGAAACUUCGAACGGAUGUUCGACAAGAAUCUGACAGAUUUAGUGCGUGGAAUCAGAAAUAAUAAGGAAAAUGAGGCGAAAUAUAUUGCACAAUGCAUUGAAGAGAUCAAGCAAGAAUUACGGCAAGAUAAUGUGGCAGUCAAAGCAAACGCUGUGGCCAAGUUAACAUAUCUCCAGAUGUUGGGGUAUGAUAUCAGUUGGGCAGGCUUUAAUAUAAUAGAAGUAAUGUCAUCAGCAAAGUUUACUUAUAAACGAAUUGGCUAUCUUUCUGCAAGCCAGAGCUUUCAUGCAGAUACAGAGUUACUGAUGCUAACAACAAAUAUGAUUCGAAAAGACUUAAACAGUCAAAACCAGUAUGAUGCUGGUUUAGCCUUGAGCGGUUUAUCUUGCUUUAUAAGCUCAGAUUUAGCUCGUGAUCUGGUUCAUGACAUUAUGACUUUAUUGACCUCUACAAAGCCGUACUUGCGUAAAAAGGCAGUUUUGAUGAUGUAUAAAGUAUUUCUGAGAUUUCCUGAAGCCCUGAGACCUGCAUUCCCUAGAUUGAAGGAAAAACUUGAAGAUCCUGACAGUGGCGUUCAAAGUGCAGCAGUAAAUGUAGUAUGCGAAUUAGCCAGAAAAAAUCCAAAAAAUUACUUGAGCUUGGCGCCUGUUUUCUUCAAGCUAAUGACGACUUCUACAAACAACUGGAUGCUUAUCAAAAUUAUCAAGUUGUUUGGAGCAUUGACACCUCUAGAACCUAGGCUUGGCAAAAAGUUAAUAGAACCCCUUACGAAUUUGAUACACAGUGUAACAUCUAUUUCUAGUACAUCCGCAAUGUCUUUACUGUACGAAUGUAUCAAUACAGUCAUAGCCGUAUUGAUUUCUAUAUCAUCUGGUAUGCCGAAUCACUCUGAUUCGAUACAGCUGUGUGUUCAAAAACUGAGAAUAUUAAUAGAAGACUCCGACCAAAACUUAAAGUAUUUGGGCUUAUUGGCUAUGUCGAAAAUAUUGAAGACUCAUCCAAAGAGUGUGCAAGCUCACAAGGAUCUCAUCAUGCAAUGCCUCGACGACAAAGACGAAAGUAUAAGACUGCGUGCCUUGGACUUGUUGUACGGAAUGGUUUCCAAGAAGAAUCUAAUGGAGAUAGUUAAGAAAUUAAUGGUGCACAUGGACAAAGCCGAAGGCACUACGUAUCGCGAUGAAUUACUAUCAAAAAUUAUUCAAAUUUGCUCACAGAAUAAUUAUCAGUUCAUCACCUAUUUCGAGUGGUACAUAUCUGUAUUGGUGGAACUUACACGAAUGGAAGGCACCAAGCACGGACCAUUAGUAGCAACUCAAUUACUUGACGUAGCAAUUCGUGUACAGGCUAUACGAAAAUAUGCAGUUCAACAAUGUGCCUUACUGCUUGAGAAUUCAUAUCUCUUAACCGGCCAGCCAAGAGCGACUAUGUCCGAAGUUUUGUAUGCAGCAGCAUGGAUUUGUGGAGAAUUCUCCAGUGACUUGGAAGACCCUUUAGCAACAUUGCAAUCUCUGUUGCGAUCACAAGCUUCUAGUUUGCCAGGACAUAUACAAGCAGUUUACGUUCACAAUAUAUUAAAGCUGGCUGCAACGACAUUCGCUAAAGCCGAAAAGGAAGAAGACACUGAAACCAUGGACAAGAUUUAUAACUUGAAGGACAAAAUAACUGCUUUCGUCUGUAGUGGCGAUUUGGAAGUUCAGGAGAGAUCAAGCUCCGCAUUGGCAUUGCUUGAAUGUAUAAAAGAGAAUCCUGGUCUAGCACAAGAGUUAGUGGAGACUUUUGAAGGUGAACUGAAUCCAGUUGCGCCAAAGGCUCAAAGAAAAGUUCCAAUACCCGAAGACUUAGAUUUGGACUCUUGGAUCAACGAUCCACCUUCAGAGAGCUCUGAUUCAGAGGAUUUGGAUAUGAAUGAUAUUUUUAUCAAGGCGGAGAAGUCGAACGAUUCGUACUCCAAACGGGACUUAAGCGAGCCGUCGUUGGAAGAGCUCGAGAGGAGACGCGAAGCGAGAAAACUAGAGCAGGAGAAUAAUCCUCAUUACCUAAAAGGCUCUUUUAAGACUUCUACAUCAUAUCACAAUUCAUCGAAUGCAUAUGAAGACUUCGAUAACAUUCCCGUCGCGGAAUUAGAUAUCCCAAUCUCUUUAAAGAUUUCUAACGUACAUAGAUGUCAAGAUAUAGAUAGCGCCCAUAAAAGGCAUAAAAAGCAUGAGAAGAAAAAGAAAUCGAAGAAAAGUAAAAAUAAAAAGUCUGCAUCGGAAGAGGAUGAACAGGACGACAGUUUGCCAUUGCAAAUAGUAAACACUGGCGUAGGAGAACUGCCUCCGGGAGCAGAAAUAAGCGAUAGUGACGAUUACGAUUUAGUAGAUGCGAACGAUCCACACAGAGCUUUGAAUAUCGAUUUAGAUUUGCCUUUACGAGAAGACGAGAGAUUGCCUGUCUUGGAACAUAGAGUAAUCGAAAACAAUAUAACGAAGAAGAUGGAAGGAAAAGGAAGCAAAAAGGAAAAAGGACAUAGAAAAUCUAAAAGAAAAGUCAAAGUUAUCGCGGAGAACAAAGUAAACAAUCAAACAGAAUCAUCCGACUUGUGGUUGGAAACUAAUUCGUCCCUCGAGAAAGUGCAGUCUCCUGCUCUUGGAGGAUACACAGAAAUGUCCAGUGAGUCGCAGAAAGACAGCAAACGCAAGAAGUCGAAGAGCCAAGACAAACACAAGAAGUCGAACGAAGAGAACGCCAAACAUAGAAAAUCGAAGAAGUCGAAGAGCAAGAAGGAAAACAAGUCGCUGGAUUACGAGGAAACGGCAGGAAUAUCCACUCCAUCGAAGGAAAUAUUGCCGGAUCUAAAGGACGACAUUGCGAACUCCGAAUACAACGCAAAUUCUAUACAGCAGAAUGUUUCCUACGAAGAAUUAGCCAAGAAUAAAGUAAUUUCCAUGAUGUACGAAUUGAGACAAAUCCCUCACGACCCGAGUAAAGUUAUCGUAUCGAUUCAAAUUACGAAUAUAGGUCAGCCGCUUGUGAAGGAAUUAGUCUUUGAUGUUUCAGAUACAACGUCACUCAAAUUAGUUAGAAAUCCUGGAGACGAAUUUGGGAUAAAACUGCCGCUCCAACUGCCUCUGCAAUCUAGUAAAGAAACUGAAUUUACAAUUCUAGUCUCGGACGUAACGUUUGCUCAGAGACUUAGAGGUACAUUGACAUACAUGUUUGAAGGUAAAGAGGGCACGCAGCAAGAGAAGCUCGAUUUCACCGUGCACUUGUCAUGCAGCAAGUUCAUGGUUGGACAUUUGUCCCAUAAGGAUAUACUCACGGAACUUCUCAAAAGCGGUCAAUUAGUAUCUAAGAUUAGAAAAGAAAUAAUGCCUUCUCAGGACUUCGAUGCGGUUCUGCGUGUUAUUUGCCGCAAAUGCAAUCUCACGCUUGUGGAACAGAUUGACGACACUGCAUCUUUAUACGGACACUCUUUGAAGGGACAUCAUGUGUGCCUUUUGUUAAAAUAUAACAGAGCGACGGGAAAUCUAGUGAUUGAAGGUAAAGGUGACAAUAAUUCAUUACUGUCGGGAAUCGGAGAAGAGAUAUCGAGGAUCCUAACAUAAUACCGAUUUAAACUCGAUUGUCUAUAUUUUGCGAUUAUCGAUUCCUAUCCCACGUCACAGUCAUAUUAAACAUACACUUGGCAGUGAGAGAAAUACUUCGACUGUGUCUAUUAACACGAAGUAUAGACAUAUAGCCGGCUAUAGCGUAUCUGCGAACCCAUUAAAUAUUUUCAGAAGGAAUCUUACCUAAACUUUACGUAUAAUCUAGGUAAAAGAGAAAGGAAUUUGUUAAAUAUUUAAGAGAAGAUAUACAUAUGUAUACACACAUUAUAUACACAUGCAUAAAUAUAUGUAUACACAUGUCUAUAUGCGCGCGAAACAGCGGAAGGAAAGAGAGAGAAAGAGAGAGAGAGAAAGAGGGAAGGGGAGCUUAUUGCCAAGAAUUGAAGACACUGGAAUAAAAGUAGAUUAAUGUUUCUAUAUAGAAUUUAAGUCUGGCAUGGCACUGACGCGUGCUAAAUAUAGGGGGACUUGAAUCAUCCUUGAAGAUAAUUAAUCCACUUUACAGCUAUAAUUAUCGAAUGAUAUAUUGAUAUAUCUUUGAAAAAAAACUUCUGUAAAUUACUACACUUUCUUAUCUGUACAAUGUUGCAUUUACUACAUGUGGCAUGUAAUAAUUGGAGAUAUAGCUUACGAAUAAAAGUCUAAUUGCUAAGGCGCAAUUCUUUGUACAGGAAAUAAACAGUUGCGAAACAGAAACGAUCGACCCUACUUUUACGUUCAAUGCCUUCAAUUUUUGUGUCCAAUUGGGAUGACACUUCGAGUGCUAUUGUUGAGAUCUUUAUUAUUUUGUAAAAUACAUGAAAUAUUAUAUAUCUAGUGCGCGAUAUUACGCCCUUUGUAAAUCACGAGUUAAGGAGCAUGGAGCAUACAGAUGGAGAGCGUGUUUUGCAUGCAACGCUUCCACCAUCGAUAAUUGAUAAGACGAGAAGUUAUGUGAAUUCAAAAUUGAACAGAUUGUAAGUCACUUGUAUACAGGCAUAGGAAUCACGUACAGUUGCGGAAAAAUGUGCUUUUAAUUCUUUUGCAAAGGACUUAAAUUGCAUCAAGUUUUAUAUUCUUUUUUUCCUUUUUUUUUUUAUAUAUUUUAUAUAUUCCCAUAUCUUGUUUUGAGAUUCAAUAUAAAGAGAUUAUGUUUGCAUUUUCUAGAUUUUUUCAUAUUAACUAUCCAACCGAUUAAUCAAUUAACGAAAUUGGUUAUUAAACGUGUGCCAAAAAAUUAUUAGAAGUUUCGAUUACUCAAAUAAUGCUUUCUUUCUAGAGCAAUUUUUGUGCAACGCAACAUUGAUUUUUGAAUAUUCUGUUAUUUUCUGAAUUACACGCUAAUAAUUUUGUUUUAUAGCUGGAAAUUCAAGAAAAAAACAAACAAACUAUAUAUAUCGUCAUAAUACCAAAUAUUUUUGAU